ACAAGUCGUCACUAUCUAUUCACUUAUUUUAAUAUUCACUCUGCAGUUUGUGAGUAGUGUUCAUUCAGUCGCGCGCCAGAUGUAACGUAUUCGCGUUACCUAUUACACUGUUGUCGUGCUAGUUUAUUGUGUAAAGCGAUUGGUUAGAUGUUGUAUUCCUGCAUAAUAAUAGUAUUAACUGCACAAUAUGGACUCAGAAGCAACAGCUGUUAAGAAAUUACCAUAUCCAAAGGCAGUGGGAUUUAUAAUCACCAAUGAGUUCUGCGAAAGAUUCUCAUAUUAUGGCAUGCGAGCGAUACUGGCGCUAUAUAUCCGAGACAAGUUGGGAUAUACAGAACAUGGAGCGACAAUUGUUUACCACACAUUUACAAUGUUUGCGUAUUUUUUCCCGCUUAUUGGAGCCAUGAUUGCCGAUGGAUGGUUGGGAAAAUUCAGAACAAUAUUUUAUUUAUCGUUAGUUUACGCUACUGGAAGUAUUCUCAUAUCACUGACAGCCAUGCCACCCAUUAAUAUACCAAAACUGGAAUUUACAAUUAUAUCCCUACUGUUGAUAGCAUUUGGCACGGGUGGUAUUAAACCUUGCGUAUCAGCAUUUGGAGGUGACCAGUUCAAAUUACCAGAACAAGAGAAAUAUCUUGGAUACUACUUCUCUUUGUUCUACUUUGCCAUAAAUGCGGGUAGUUUGAUAUCAACAUUCAUAACUCCGAUCUUCAGGGCUGACGUCCACUGUUUCGGCGAAAACGACUGUUAUUCUCUUGCCUUUGGUGUUCCCGGCAUCCUCAUGGUUUUGUCAAUAUUAUUCUUUGUUGCCGGAAAAAGGAUGUACAUCGUAAAGCAACCAUCAGGAAAUAUUCUGGGGAAAGUCUCGUCUUGUAUUGGGCACGCCAUGGUAAAGUCAUGUAAAAGUAAAGAGAAGAGAAAACAUUGGUUAGACCACGCUGAUGAUAAAUAUGACGUCAGUCUUAUUGAGGAUAUCAAGUCAUUGCUCCGAGUAUUAGUGCUGUUCAUACCUUUACCUGUCUUCUGGGCAUUGUUUGAUCAACAGGGUUCAAGGUGGACUUUCCAAGCUGAUAGAAUGGAGCAGAGUAUUGGUGGUUGGACGUUAAAGGCUGAUCAAAUGCAAGUCCUCAAUCCAUUGUUAAUCUUAGUCUUCAUUCCGAUAUUCGAAAUUGCAAUUUAUCCUUUCUUGCACUGGUGUAAGUUAGUGAGAAAACCUUUGCAUAAAAUGAUCUGGGGGGGUUUGUUGACCGCUCUUUCAUUUGUCAUAUCAGGCAUCGUUGAAGUCAAUCUCUUGCCUACAUACGGUACGCCAGUUUCAGAAGGCUUGGGUCAGUUGAGAGUUUACAAUGGAUUCAAUUGUGAUUUUAACCUAAGCAUUCCGACUGGUCUCAAUGAUACAGAAACAUUUAUAGUAGGACCAUUGAGUGUUUAUGAGAAAUUAGAUAUAGAAACUAAAAACUUUAUAGACCUACCAUACUCCCUUAGCGGGCAGGAACACACAGAAUGUGCAAAUCAAAUGUUUGAUGGAAAUUUUCUUGUAAAUGAGAAAACCGCUAAUUCCUUCUUUAUAACAAACGGAAGCAUUUUAAAUUUCACAGACAAUAAUGACAAGGCUAUAGAUGGCGUUAGUGUAAGGUUUUUGACGAAUGUGAGAAACAUAGUACAAGUACAGAUUUACGAUGCUAAAAAGAACAAAACAAGAUUAACACUUCCAAGUAACGAUAAUACGCAAAAAUCUAUAAUCAAAGGCGUAUUUAACGUGAUGAUUGAUGACAAAGUGGUUAUACCUGAAUUUAAAUUUGAAACUGGUGCAGUUUAUACGAUUAAUGUACACGAGGAUGCAGUAGGCAAUUAUGUUGCAAACGUGGUUAUGAUCACUCCGCCAAAUAGCAUACAUAUUUUAUGGCUCGUUCCUCAGUACGUAAUAAUGACUAUGGGUGAAGUGAUGUUCUCAGUUACUGGCCUAGAAUUUUCAUUCACUCAAGCACCUGCCUCCAUGAAAUCUGUUCUCCAAUCAUUUUGGCUGCUGACGGUCGCUUUUGGUAACCUCAUAGUAGUUUUCGUAGUUGAAGGCAAUUUCUUAGAUGCUCAGUGGAAGGAAUUUUUCUUGUUUGCUGGUCUGAUGUUGGUUGAUAUGUUAAUAUUCACUUUGAUGGCGUUUAGAUACAAAUACGUGAAUAGAUCAUCAAGCACAGAAGAAUUGGCCAUCGAAGAAAUCAGACUGCCUGAAAAAGGGAAAAUCGAGCCUACGAAAGAUAAUUAGCAUAUUGUAUUUAAUAAAGUUGUUAAUGAAAA